UGCAAAUAGAAUGGUAAAUUUGUCUGUAUCCUCUGUCUUUUUUCCGUUUCGGUUCCUUGCUUUCUUUCUCCAACCCUUCCAAUUCCGAGACCAUCUUUCUCGCAUCCGCCAAAGCGAGUUCUUGAAGGCAUUAGGUAGAACCAGAGAGCUUGAGCAGCGUCGGCCGUCAACAAUGGCAGUAUGGCUAGUCGAGGAAGAGAUCGUCGGCAGCAGGACGAACCCUAGAAUCGCUUUGCUUAUUUUUGUUUGUGUUCCUGUCAAUUUGGUUUCUCUUCGAGGUGCUGCUGGUGCGAAAUUGAGACAACGGCGUUCCGGUGAUGCCACAGACGCGGGACAGGAAGGAAUCUCAGGGAGCUGUGGGGGUGCUGCACUCUACAUUGCUGCUUAUGCUCAUGGUUGAAAACCUUCUUCUGAAGAUAUUGUUUUCCCUUUUCAUCUUAUUAGUCACUGAAUACUUUACUUGGCAGUGAAAGAAUCUCUCUUUCUCGUUACAGGCAAGUGGGCAACCAACCGGAGAAGCAAGGUUUUUGAGAGGGACGGAAGAACGCUUAGUUGCACUGCAGUACUAUUAGUCGAUCCAAGGCUCAACAAUAAUCCUAGAUGGAAGAAAUGUAAGGUGUGGCCUUAUUUUUCUCUAUCUAUGUGAUGUUUCCUGCGAUUAUACAUGUUUACGAAUUCAGGGAUAUUGGUUCAGUUGUUGUUGAUGAUUUAAGUAUAAGGUUUUUUUCAGGAAAUAUUAUGUCUGUCAUGUGUCCG